AUGGAUCUUAUUCCCAAAUCCCAUCACCAUAUAAUCUCACUCCCCAGCCAUGCGCGGCCUCUUGUUUCAGACGCAACUCUGUCCACCACCCAACAAGACUCUGAUCUCGUUCUCCCAGCGUCUCGCGAGUCCGCCACAUUUGUUUCCCCUCCUUUACUCGAAACAAAGGGACGAUCGACGUCAACGUGGAAGCCUGCCGUACGGCAGGCACUACCGUCCUUUCAGGAACGGCCCCCACCCGCUAGACAGUUUUUGACAGAGCAAAGGGCACAGACGGUUCACAGCGAGCGAGAAACGCAAACGCGUCAAGAUGUAGUGAAUAGGAGUGUGGAUGCUUUGGAUGUCGGUGACAAGUGGGUGGAUGAACUUCGAGAACUGAAGGAUACUGUAAACCGACAAAAUGCACUUUUACAAUGGUAUCAAACUCAGCACUCUCCUCCCUCGUCAAGUUCUCUCGCUCACCUUCUCCAGAACUGCCGGCCAACAGGUUCAGCAGUGCCCCUCCUCAGAGCAUACGAAGAUCGGCUGGCAGAACGAGAGUCAGAAAUUGUUGAGCUGAACAAAAAAGUUGGUAUACUUGGGAAGGAGAAGGUAGAUUUGGAGAUGCAAAGGGAAAACGCAUUGAGGAAUGCGGAAAUGUUUAGGGAGAAGGUACAACAAGCAGAAUCUCGCAACUGUUCUAAUUGUGCCGAAAAGUCCGUCCGUAUAACAUCCCUCACCUCUGAACUCGAAUCUCUAAAACUAAGGCUGUCGACCGAUGACUUAAUUGCUUCCAAAGCGCAAACACUCCAAAAUCAACUUCGGUCUUUCACACCUCACAUCGCCUCCCUCUUAUCCUUGACCCAAACCCAACACAAAGCCAUUACAAAACUUACAUCGGCAUCUACUGAAUCCGCCCAGCAUUUGGAGGAAGUAACUGCCCGACUAGAAGAUGCAGUUAAACUGAAUCGAGAGCGAACGAUACAGUGUGAGAAACUGGAAGAAGAAUUGGUGGGAUUAAGGAGUGUCAAGAGGGAAAUGGAAGGUUUGAAGGUGUGGAAAAAGAAAUGGGAACCAGUCGUAGAUGAUUACAGAGCUUGCAUCACCUUUCUUUCCACAACGGCCCUGGCCAUACAGUCAGCAGCACCUGAACCUCUUCUCCCUACUCUCAAACAUCUCACAACAUCUCUCAAACAACUUCAGAAAAGCCAUAAAGAUCUGGACAAAUCCCACACAUCUUUACUUCACAAGUACCUUUUAAACAUGGACGCAAAAAAUGCAAAGUUACAAGCAACCAAUAGGCAUCUGGAGGAGGUACUGACCACAGCCGAGGAAUCGCGGCAUGCCAGAGAUCAAGCUGUGGAUACUGCCAAGAAGGCAUUGAGAAAUUCGGCAGAGGUGGAAGAAGGAUUGCGAAGAGCGUUAAAAAAGAAAGAGGUUGAAUUAGAUGAGGUUGUCCAAACAAUGAACAGAAAGUUGAAAGAGCUAAGAGAGCAGUAUGAUCGGGACCGAUUGCAAGCCCACAUUCAAAUAGACGAGUUGACAAAAUGCAAGAUUGAAUUGCAGACGGAAAUAGGUCAACUCCUUCGUGACAAGCGGGCAGCAGAUUUUAAUCGGGACUCUUCAUAUGCUGCGAUCGAUUCAAUCAGAGACAAUCUCAGGCGUGAAAUGGGUGUCAUGGCAUAG